AUGCGUGUAUAGAUCUAUACCACCUAAGUUAUACUAUAUAUAGUAAUUUCCCUCGUAAUAUAUCUGCCGGAUCUCACUGGGGAAAUCUGGCGCAUAUUUUUAUGACGAACAGAUCAUUGGCAAUGUUUGGAUGAUCCAAAUCAAGGGAGCUAAAUGCACCUUCUCCACCAUCCAUCCAACGCAAUAUCAUUACUUUGUGCACGUUCGUCAAUUUGACCUACAUUUCCCGACGAGCUAUUCGCUCAUGAAUGAGAGCAACAACAGUUUUAUUCUACCUUUACUUGGAAUGAAAGAUUCUGUAGAGCAAUUGUUUGUUGAAGUGGAAAACAAGUUAAAACGACCUACAAGUCACCCUCUAAAUAUUAAUCAUGUCAUACUUCCAGAACCUACUUGGUUCACACCACCCCGAGGUGAUACAGUCUUGUCAAGAAUACCAAAGUCCCAUGAUUUCAAUAGUGAUGAAUAUUUCGAUUCGAAUGAUAAACAUGAAUCAAAGAAUACAUCAUAUAACGAAGCCGAUGAAUAUGGAUUCGAGGAACAUCCUUUCUUCACUUAG